UUAAAGUCCUCCUCACUGUAUACUAUAUCCCAACCUCUUGUCUCUUCCUCCUUUCUUCUUCUUCUUCUUCUUCUGCUUCACUCUCACUCCUUCACACUUUGAGCUCAGAGUUCGAGACAAGCAACACCAACAUGGGCUGCGUUUCUUCCAAUCUAUUCAACCACGACGACGACUUCUCCCAGCUCGGAAGCUCCGCCUUGAGCCACCACAUCGUCUCCCUCACCUCCUCCACCUACGGCCUCCUCACCCUCGACCCCCCACCCCCACCCACCACCCCACCUUCUCGAUUCACAUUGGGUUCCAUCUUCCCCAGCUCCCUGUCCGAGCCCAGAUCGCUCUGGUCCGACCCGAAGCCCCUCCGGUCCGACCCGGAAGUCAUCAACUCAUGGGAGCUCAUGGCCGGCCUCGACGCCGACAGCUUCCGGUUCUCGCCGCUCCCGCCGCCGAAACCUUUCUCGAUUCGGACCCCGAAAACCGCGGAUAAAGAGAACUCCAACCCGAACCGGUCUGUCUUAGUCAAAGGCCCGCUCGACCGGUUCGAGAGUAUAUGCCCGCCGGGGGGAGAGAACAAACUGGUGCUGUAUACGACGUCGUUGCGGGGAGUGCGGAAGACUUUCGAGGCGUGCAAUGCGGUCCGGGCGGCGGUGGAGAAUCUCGGCGUGAUGGUCUGCGAGCGUGACGUGUCGAUGGAUCGCGGAUUCCGAGAAGAGCUGAAUGACUUGAUGGAGGGGAAAGGCAGAGACGCGGCGGUGCCGCCGAGGUUGUUUGUGAAGGGAAGAUAUGUGGGUGGAUCCGAGGAGGUGUUGAAGAUUGUGGAGGAGGGGUUGUUGGGGGAGAUUCUAGAAGGUCUGCCCAAGAAGCGGGCCGGGUCGGUUUGCGAAGGGUGCGGAGAAGCGAAAUUCUUGCCGUGUUUUCAGUGCAAUGGGAGUUCGAAGAUGGUGCUGGUGGUGAAAGAGGAGGUGGUGGUGGGGCAGAGGCAGGGAGGCGGCGGCACGGUGGUCGUGAGGUGUCCCGAGUGUAAUGAGAAUGGGUUGGUGCUCUGCCCAAUUUGUAGCUGAUUUUUUUUCUGAUGAAGCAGAAAGCUCAAGGCUUGGGUUUUGUAAGAUGUUUCUGAAUUCUGUCUAUUACAGUAAGAUAUUUAGUUUCUUAUUUGGGGACUCUUCUUGAGUUUCUGGAAAAUAUGACUCUCUCUAUUUUUU